AUGAAGGGUCUUACCUACCUCAGUGAGCUUGAUCAGAUGAUGAUGCAUUCUGGUUCGGUUCCUGAAAAUGUAUCUGGGCCCAUCCAUGUCCAUGAUAACAACGGUACCAAUGAAUCCUCUGGCCCGUCAGGUCAUCAUCUGAUUUCUACGAACUUCUUUCCUACACCAACUAAAUACAUCGGUACAUCUACUAGUCGUCGCUCUUCCCAGUCCCUUCGGCGUGUCUACUCUCGUUUACCGGCCAGCCAGUCUAUCUCAGUCUAUCGGCGCAAGACAUCUGAGGCGAAUUCCUUGACUACUAGAAGUCCGUUUUCAGGCGACAGGUUUAAGAUGGGUUCGAAUACUGAAUCUCAACUGGGUCCAAAGCCAUUGCCUUGUUCAUUGUUACCAGAUCCCGUGGCCAAAGCAGGAACUAAAGAAUCGGCCACUAUCGACGUCAUUGUCCAAAGCUGCAUCGUCUGUCAUAAAUGGGAGGAUCAGCACUUGAUAACACUCUGUGACACAUGUAAUUCCGCCUUCCAUCUCGCUUGUCUGGAUCCUCCACUCACACGAAUGCCUCGAAAGACCAAACUCUACGGGUGGUAA